UUAGAAUCUUGCUUAGGGCACCAAAAUGGCUCGAGCCGCCCCUGACGUCGACCGUCAGACAGGAAUCAGACAGUGCUGCCUUGCCGUGAACUUCUGUCUCCACUGCGCACUGAAUACAACUCCGCACCGGACACAGAAUUGGACCUCGAAGGAGAUUUUGAUUUCUUCUCAAACGGGACAAUUUAUACCUGGGCUCCAUCCACCGCGCAACGCUGUUGCUUUGGUCCAACACGUGUCCGUGCCGUGCGUGAGGUUCCUGAGCGGCCCGAGGCCCCCCCCCCCCCCCCCCCGGCCCCCCUCUCCCCCCCGGCCCCCCCUCUCUCCAGCAGUGCGCUGCCACCGGAGCGGGGGACGCCAUGAACGGGCCUCAGCUCAGCGAAGUGCCGGACGACUCGGAGCUGCUGGAGCCGUUCGUGCGCGGCCUGAGGCGGGGAGCGCUGCGCGCCGGCGAGCUGCGCGCCGUCCGGACCUUCUCCCGCGGCUUCCUCGUCAAGUUCCUGCGCGCCCGAGACUUCGACGUGGAGCUGUCCCUGAAGGUACGGAGACACCUCGCCGACGAGAGAACAGCGUGUGCCGGACAGGAGUCGAGUGUAACUCUUCCCUUCCGUUUGGACCGGAGCUCCUCACUGCGCAGCAGUGCGCAACUCCGCUCCUGCUGAACUAUCAGCGGUGGCGGAGGGAGAGUCCUGAGAUCAGCCGCUGUCUGUCUCCCUCGUCUGUGCUCGGCCUCCUCAACGCGUCGUAUCACGCCGUCCUCCCGCAGCGGGACCACGCAGGCAGCAGGGUGCUCAUCUACAGAAUUGGGCAGUGGAACCCAAAGGACUGGUCGGCAUUCCAGGUGUUCAGGGUAAGCCUGAUGACAUCAGAGAUCAUCUCCAUGGAAACAGAGACGCAGAGGCGGGGUCUGAAGGUCAUAUUUGACCUGCAGGGGUGGAGUCUAGGCCACGCCUGGCAGAUCAACCCUUCCCUCGCCAGAAAGAUCUCCUCUGUGCUUUCGGACUCUUUUCCGCUGAAAGUAAGGGGAAUUCAUCUGGUCAACGAGCCAAUGUUCUUCUGGCCGGUCUUUGCCAUGAUUCGUCCCUUCCUGCCAGAUAAGAUCAAACAAAGGAUCCAUAUGCACGGCAGUGAUUUCCACGAUUCUUUGAGUGACUUCUUCUCACCGGCUCUCCUGCCUCCAGAUUAUGGAGGGGAGGGGCCUGCAAUAGAUGACAUGUGUCAAGACUGGACCAAUCAGCUGCUUCAGUCAGAGAAUCUCCUGCAGCAGAUCGCAGCCCACCCAACGGCUGAUAUCACUAUCGAUCCUGACAACUGCUUGAUGUCAGGUGGAGCGGGGACUGAGCAGUUCUCCGACGGAUGAUGUUUGGAAGUGUGGCCACGCUCUCGAGGCCAUUUUUAUGGUCCCUAACUCCAGAUCACUAACUGUGUAAGUGGUUGGCUUUGUUGUGAGAGCUGAAAAGACAUUCAUCUGAUGGACCGAGUUUACAUGUUUGUGCAUUAGCAAACUGUCCUCCUUGUUUCAUUGGUCAUUAAAAUAUGAUCAAAGGCUCACGUUACAUCUACAUAGAGAGCCAUAGUCACAACAUCAUGUCUGGGCUAGCAGCUUUUCCCCCACCUUCUGUAACUCAGUGCCACCUCUCACUCGGCAUUUCUUUCAUUGAUCUUUCUAAAAAAACAGCUUGUUCAAAGUCAGUUAAAGUUUUUAGGUUUCCACAUCCUACUGUCAAUCAGCAAUGACACGUGUUACACAAUCUUUCUGAGGCUGCCUUUGAAGACUGAUGGUGUCACAGCAACAGGACUAGAAUGGCUUCAAAUGCGGCCGAGAAACGCAUAGUCCCAUUCCCUUUCAAUGAAAGAUCCAAUGUGUGGAUCUGCUCCUAGCAUGUACAUAUGCAUGUUGCAAACAUGUAGCUGUACUUUCUGAGGACAUGCACAGCCAACGCUCCAAACAGACGCGGGAUAUGUGCAGAAGCCAUCAUGCACAAAUGAAUGUGUCAAACGCAAAUAUAUCUGUAGUCUUACAAUGACUGUACCUGAUACUUUGAUAUUUGUAGCUAACAGCCUAUUCUCCAGUGAACCACGAUAAUGGAGUCCAAACAGUUUGUUUUCAUGUCAUCACAGAAGUUUCGCAAUUUCUGAGCAUGAACCCUGCCUUCCAUCUAAAUCAUUACUCCAUCCAGACUUAUCAGCAAACCCAAAUAAUGCAUCCUGUAUUCUAUUUCUACAUGGUCAAUCUUUUGAACUUUGCUAUUCAUUUUGUUUAAAGAUGACCAUUUCUUUCAAAUAAUUUUAGAUCAUUAAAAUGUUGCCAUUUUCAAUUGAAAAAAAUAAAAAUACUUUAAUAAUUAAAGUAUCAACAUGAAUUACAUUGUAAUUGAAGAGUUCCAGCUGUAAGGUAAUAGCUGUUUGGAGUAUUCGGUGAUUCAUUGCACAUUUGGACCAACGCUUUUAUACCAUAUAUGCAGGUAUUGUAAAAAUUUGAAUUUGACAAUGAAUUAUUAAUUGUUUUUAUUAUUUGCUGGAAAAAUUAGAAAAGGUUCCUAAUGAUUUGUUUAUUUGACUUUGCCUUUAAAAAGAUAUAUAUUUCUAUAUAGUUACAUAAAGGAAAAGUAAACAAAAGUGCAAGUUAUGAUAUUGUUAUGUUGUGACAUUUUUAACUAUUUAUACUAAUCAGAGAUGUACAUGAGCCCAUUGGCUGUAUCCUAACUUGCUCGUUUUGUAAUGUACUGCAACGAUUGAAUUCUUCAAUGUCAGCUAAUAGGAAAUGUGUGCAGUUGAAUGGGGCAAUUAAAUGAAAGGACAUGUUAAUAAAUGGUGUGUUGGAACAUU